AUGUCAUACAUAGAAGUUAUAAAUGAAGAAACCUUUAAGUUUAUAUAAAAAUCUACAGAAUUAAUUUUAUAGUUUAGGGAUUUCGACAAGCAUACAUACCAAAAUUAAUAUGGAUAAGGUGCAGUGGCAUAAGAGCAAAACUAUUAAAAGUAUAUGAACCCAUCUAAUAAUAAUAACAAUAGCAACAAUAAUAAUUUGUAUGAUGAGUAAUUUUAGUUAAUUAAUCAAACUUUCUUUGGGUUUAUACGAAAGCAUGCAUAAAAUUUUUAAAAUUGGACUACUCCAGAAUAAAAAGAGCUUACAAUUGAAAUAUUUGGUUAAAAUAAACUUCAAAUAGCUAGCUAAUAGGUAUCUAAUACUUAAAAUUAAAUUUUCCAGUAAAAUCCUAACUCUUAAGGGGCAAUGUUUUAGGGAGCAGGACAACAAUCAGAAAGCCAUAAACUAGAAGAAUGGAAAUUUUUAUUUCGUCACCUGAACAAUGAAGAGGAAUCUUCUAAUUCAAUUUAAAGAGUAAUGAAUCCUUAGUAAUUUUUAAUGAAUUUAAGCAUUUUAACUAGGAGUUUAUUAAUUUUACUAACUAACACACCUGUUUUCAAGUGCAGAUAAUUUUUGAAAACCAGCAGAAGAGUUCAUUUCACUAAAGGAACAGUUAACGAGUUUGAUUUAAAUUUUUAAAAGGUUCCUUUGAAGCUUGAAGUUUUCUCCAAAAGAAUAUAUCUACUUCAUCAUGUAUUUGAAAUUUAAGUUAAAUAUUUAGUAGAAUAAGAUGAUUUAGGUAAAAUGAGUUAGGAAUCUGCUCAUUUUACUACAAACAAUCUUAAGUAAGGAAAUUUGUAGCUUGUAAACUAAUUUUCCUAAUUCUCUAUCUAUUCUCAUGUAGAUAGCUCUGAUUAAUCUUUUGUAGUUGCCUAGGCUAGCGAAGUUAAUAAACCGUAGACUUAGGUGAAAAAAGUUGAAAAUUAAAAAGAAUAGCUUAAGUAAUCUAAUGUUACAAACUAAUCCAUAUUUGACAUUGACUUUUCUUCUGAAUCUAAUUUUAGCCCACGGAAUUCAUAUUCUCCUCCUUAUUUCCCUUAAGCAAGAUAACAGGCUCCACCUAAAAAAUAUAGUGAAGAUUUAACUCUUUUAGCUUAAAAUAAGAGUGAUGUAAACUUAAUACAAACAAAUUAUAGAGACAAAUCAAAUACAAUAAAUUAAGAAGUAAUUUAAGAGUCAGAAGAAAUUUCUCAAGUACCUAGAAGAAACACAGAAUGUCAAGGUAAAAAGGAUCAACUUUAGGAGUAACUUGAUUUUUUGCUUGAUAAAUUGAUUUAAGUUGGAGAUCCUUUUUAAGGAAAAAAAUAAUUUUAAGAUGUGCUUUAAUCUCUUUAAGUCUGA